UUGACGAUAGAAGGAAACGCGAAUCUUCAUCUUUUUUUCUCAAUAUUUUUAAUAGGUCCAGUAUUCUAGUUCUAUUUACUCAUAACCAACUGUAACAAUUCAUCUAAAACGUGAGAAAAUUAUUUACAAAAAUUUUAGUCUCCCAUUCUGCCCCAUAAAUUCUCGACGCAUUAAAAAAAUAACAGGAGAAACCUAGCCAGUUGAAAAUUCUGUUUUAGUGUUUUCGCGAUUAUCUCGGAAGGAUAAUAUGGAGAUAUUCGGAUUGAUUGUUGUUGGUACGUGUCUCACUGCGGUUGGUGGGUUUCGGGGACCUCAUCAUCCUAGAGGAUCUGUCUCGCAUCAUCAUUAUACACCCCAGAGGGAUGUUAAACUCACACAGGACACACAACUGUUGCAUGACACUGCACAUUUAAUGGAGGACAUGGGCGACUUUGCGAAUGAAAUGGACGUAUCCAAGAUGACUGAGCAACAACUAGACUUUUAUUAUUUCCAAGCUCACGACAUAGAUAACAACACGAAACUCGACGGCUUGGAGAUGUUGCACGCGAUUCAGCACUCGUUUCACCACGAGGAUGAUCAAGAAACAGUCGACGAAUCCAGUCAAAUUCCAUUUAUCGUGGAAUUGAUAGAUCGGGUCCUGGAGGAAGAUGAUCUCGACAAGGAUGGAUACCUGGGGUACAUUGAAUACGUCCUAGCUAGACAGAAAACCGGAGUUGAUACUGAGAAAGCCCAGAAAGACUUGAAACUCGAAAUUUAAGACGCAAAUAUUUUUCUACUGUUGAUUUAUAAUUAAUGAUGACUCGUGUGAAUAAAGAAAGAAUGAAAAAAAUAAUACACGAUUGUAAAAAUAAGUGAAAUGAAGGUUUUGUCUGCAUUAUGAUUAUUUAAUUAGUCCAAUUGAAUUUUCCUGAGAAUCAAAAGAGUCUAAUUAUAGAUUGAUUCUUUAAUAACAUUAUGAAAAUUCUUUUUCAAGUUAAUUAUUACAAUAUCAGCUUCGACGAAAGCUUUUUAAGUUAUAUUCUUUUCUUCUCUGAACUUAUGUCCAGUAAUUUCUGCCCAAAAUCGAGUGGACAGACGAAUUUCUCUUACUAAGGAUUUUUAAUCAUUCGUCAUAGAACUACUCGGAAAAUUCUAAUUGUUCAGAAUUAAAUUCUCUUAAUUUUGUUUUCUUUUGUUACUAAGAGAAUUGCUCGAUUAAGACUUGAAACUCGAAAUCUAAGAUCCAAAUAUUUUUCGACUGUUGAUUUAUAAUUGAUGACGACUCGUGUGAAUGAAGAAACAAUAAAAAAAAUAGCAUAUGAUUGUGGAAAAAAUAAAAUGAAGGUUUUAUCUGCAUUAUAAUUAUUUAAUUGGUCCAAUUGGAUUUUCCUGAGAAUCGAAACUCUUUAAUCACAUUAUGAAAAUUCUUUUUCAAGUUAAUUAAUACAAUAUAAGCUUCAACGAAAGCUUUUUAAGUUAUAUUCUCUUCUUCUCUGACCUUAUGUCUAGUAGUUUGUGCCCAAUUCAUCGAAUGGACAGAUGAAUUAGUCUCGCGAAGAACAGUGAAUCACUUUUUUCUAAUAAUUUUUGGUAGUCUUCGAACUCACCACGUCUCGCUAAUUUUUUUUAUGAAGCUUUCAGGGUUAAUCUAUUACUGGAAGAGGUACGUCCGUCAGGAGUAUACCUUGCUCCCAUAAAUCCCUAGUAACUUGAACCUGGAACAAAUAAAUAUUUCACUUACAGUGAUUAUUAAUCCUUAAAAAAAAUUUAUAAAAAUGCCUUCUUUCAUUUUUCUUUUUUACAAUAUCAUACAGCUCUAUAAUUACUCAAU